ACAGAGUUGCCAUCCUUAAUCUUCUCCCUUGCAUGUAUAUGUAUAUAAUAAUGGAAAAUUGACACCAUCUUCCUCGAGGAAGAAAUGCUCCCGUGUUACUGUGAAUUUUCUCCGAAAAUUUUGAACAUUCCGUAAAUGUUGUGAUAAUUGUGAUAUAAAAUGAUAGGUUAAAAUUAAAUCGCGCUAUUUUCACGUUUUCCGUACCUGAAAUUGCUGUGGAAAAUCAUUGGAAGUUUUCCCAGCAGUGUUAAUUAUUCAAUUAUUUGAAGUCAGCUCAUAAUUAUUUCCAUUCCGGUGUUGAGAUGGAAACUCAGCAGCAACAGUUUUGCCUGAAAUGGAAUAGCUUUGGGACGAAUCUUGCCACAUCUUUCGGUAAUCUCUUCAAAUCUGAGAAUUUGGCGGAUGUGACAUUAUUCUGUGAUGGGGUUACAUUCAGAGCACACAAGCUCAUCUUAGCAGCAUGCAGUAAGCACCUAGCUGAUCUGUUCGAAACAGCUCCAGCGAUGCUGCAUCAGAAUCUGUUGGUGAUACUGGACGGUACAUCUGCCUCCAACAUGUCAGCUCUUCUGGAAUUCAUGUACAAGGGAGAAGUACAUGUCUCUCAAGACGCGCUUUCGAGUUUCCUCAAAGCUGCUGAGUGCCUUCAGGUCAAAGGUCUCAGUAUCGAACACGAGAAAUUAGCAGUAGCCCAAGGGCAUCCAAACAUGGAUACCACCCUGGAUUCCACGAUACCACGGAAGCGUCUGAAUAUCCUGAAAGAAGAAAUGGAUAGUCAGAAUAGUCACCAACAACAGCAGCAGCAACAACAACAGCAACAGCAGCAACAACAGCAACCUCAGUCAAGUCCGUCCCCUAGCUAUUCACCUGCGAUGUCACCAUACAUGCAGCCACCCCACCAUUACAGGCAAUACGACCAGAGAAUACCAUCGAGCGGUUCGGCAUUCGACAAUUUGAAUAACAUCAAGAGAUCCCAGAGGAGUCCACCAAUCGAGCAGGCUCUCCAGGACAGGGCGUCUGUUCUGAGAGACGGGAGCAAGUCUGGAAGGCCUGGAUCGCCGGGACCCUUGUCAUUGGCGUACAGACCGUCGCCGACUUCCUCCUGUCCUUUUCCCAACCAGCCAAACCAGGAGGCAGACGCCCCUCCGGAAAAUAGAUUCGAUCCAGAUCCUGCCACUGCACUGAUUUGUCCGGAAAGCGACAGUGCCAAUAUGUGCCAGGAUCCUGGCUGUCCAGAAGAUUUAAGAAUGAGAAUGGACCCUACGAUAAAACUGGAAAGGGAAGAACCUGCAAGUAGUACUGGUGGAAAUGGUAACGGUAAUUGUGGUAAUAAUACGGUUUCAUCGAAUAAUGCCAAUGGCUCCUUGGGAAAUAUGUCGAACUACAGUCAUGAUAUGGAUAAAAGCGAUUUGAUACCCACAUCUCUCUGGAAUACUGUAGCUGCAAAAGUAAACAAGGCGGGCUCCGUCAAUACACCGGAUGGAAAAAAGUUGAAGUGCCCUUUUUGUGAAAGAUUAUAUGGUUACGAAACGAAUCUGAGGGCCCAUAUUAGGCAGAGGCAUCAGGGAAUACGAGUACCAUGUCCAUUUUGUUCGCGUACAUUCACCCGAAACAAUACGGUAAGAAGACACAUAGCUCGGGAACAUAAAACCGAAUUAAGCCUUAAGGCUUUCCAAAAUCAACAACACCCGCAGCAGCAGCCGCCGGUGCACAACCACGUCCCAUAAUAAGGUACCUGAUGUUGGCAUCAGUUUCUGAGCUAGACGGUAUAAUCAGAGAUCUGAUGUACAUAUAAUAUAUAUUAUAUAUUCUCUUUUACCGUCAAACUCGGAUUUAUAACUCUUAUCUGUGUUGUUAUAACUUUGAAAAUAUGAUAUGUGUCAUUUUUAUACUUUAGUUAGGAUGUACGGUUACAAAAUUGGACUUGAAAGGAUUCAACAUUACGAGCUGGUCUUGUUCUGUUUUCAGCGUCAUUAGAUGAUGUUUCUAUUUGUUAAUUCACUCAGGUUGUUGAAGUUAUACUCUGCUGCUCACUUUUACCCCUUUAUCUUCCUCAAACUCACACAAUAUCAGCGCAUUUAGUCAAUAAGGAUAAAUUAAUUAUCCCUUUACCCAGUCAGAACUGACAGUUUAGGAUUUAAACAAUUCCAUUCUUCCAAUUACUCCUAUAUAUUUCCACUUCGAACUUAAAUGGUCUUUGAACUAUAAAAACUCUCUUGUUCACUUCAAUACCUACACUUUUAUCAAACCUGUCAGUUUGUCUGUGGAGAAGGUUGUCCUCCAGUGACUCAGGUACUAUUAGUUUUACAACAAAUGAACUGCCAUUAACUACCUCAAGGCAAUUGUGACCAGCAGAAGCUAGAAUACUUGUUUAUUUUGUUAUCUACAAUAGACUAUAUUUUGUUGUACUUAUAUAUUUUUUCUAAAUACUUUUUUUAAUGUUCGUUUUCGAGUGAAAUUGCCAGAAACCGAAAAACCAGAUCACUUCUGGCAAAUGUGAUUGAAAAUUCCAUCAACUACCUCAUAGUUUCAGGACGCUGCCUCAUUAUUUUACCAUAUGUAUAUUCAACUAGUCAUUUAGUGUGCAACAUGUUUAACUUCCUUAGAGUUUAGUUGAUUGCUCAGGUAUAUUUAAUUCAUACUCAGGCGAAACAAAUACAAAACAGCUCAGGUGAAUCGGGUUCACGAAAAUUAUCUUUUAAGUUUUUAUCACUUACUGAACAUGAAUUUUAUAAGUUGCCAGGCAACUCUGAAAUAUUUACAUAUAUCUGUGUUUGAUUUUUCCGCUCAAAUACAGUUCAUAGAAUAGGAGGGGUUGGCUAUUUUAAGGAAUUUCACCCCGUAUUUUUUUAUAGAACCCUGAACGUAUUUCCAAGUUUUUUAAGUUUUUUCCUGGAUUAAUUUGAACCUUGAAACAAAAAAUAUUACGGUUUUAUCUUCCCCAUAAAAAGCUGAUAAAUACACAAUAUACAGUUAAAUUUUCCUCACUACACUACAAGUAUUUAUAUAAGUUCCAUAAUAGAAGCUCCUAGUCAAACCUAGCUACCUCAGUAAUACAGUAUUCCUAAAGGUUCCCUAAGGACUUUUAUAUUAUAAUAAUAAUAUUCAUUUUAUCAUCCAAAUAUUCUCUACCUCAGUAACAUGACAAUUCAACGUUAUAGUUUUUAUUUACUUUAUCGAAACUAGAUUAGGUUCUUAAUACAGGUUUUUGUAAACGAAGUACAAAACGAAUAUAUAUGUGACAGAUUAAUAAUAUACUACCUCCAAUAGAUUACCACAUAUGUUCAAUAUAUUGUCCAAUACUUGAAAUUCGCAGUUUCAAAAUGUAUCUACCUCAUUUUUACCUUUUCUACCUUUACAAUGGAAGGGAUCCUUUUUCUUUUAAUAUGUUUAUUAUAUUUUCUUGUCGGAUACAAUUGUUUUAUAUCUGUAUUUGUUGGGUUUGUUCUUAGUGUGAUUGCGGCAUUUUUAUGUAUGAAAUAUUGGAAGCAAAUUGUAAUUAUAUUUAUUGAAGGUAUCUUCCAAUAUUACAUACGUUUAGGUUGAAUGAAUAUGCUUAGACCAUUUUGCAAAUGAAACAGAGAUAAUUUCAGGGAGUUGUUGAAAUAAUUUCCCGCAUUAAGAAAGCCAAUAAAAUUGUCGGAAAUUCUUCAGGCCAACUAAAAUAUGACCUCUGAGAAUGUUUCAAUAUCUAGAGGUAUUAUUUCCACAGUAUUUCAAGCGUUGUGGUCUUUUCUUGUCCUUUUAUUGGAAAUCUAGUAUUACUUUUGAGUUUGUAAAUAGUUCUGGAUUUUUUUUUUAUUGUUGUGUCUUUCAACCGGGAGAUUAUUUCAGCGACAUAAAGUAUUUUGUUAUAACGGGUAUUUUAAUAUUAUAAAUAAUGUGCUUACGCAUCAGGGUUCGAAGAAAUAACCUUAGGUUUGAUAUAUUCAUGUUAAGUUUUUAAUUAAGCUAGUUUUUAAAACUAAAUGAAUUAAGAGUUGAAUAGUUCAUCAUAGUUAGUUCCGAAGUUUCUGUUACUACUUAGGUACAUAUUUUCGAAAUUGCAAUAUGUUUAUGCUGGGAUGAAUUCUGAAGAAAAAGUGUUAUGCUGGGAGUCGAACGAAGCUAAUUUUGGAUGGACGCUGAUCGGAUUUACUGGGUGUUCUAGUUUUCUAAAUGUUGGUGAUCUUACAUGUACCUUCUACAUGUCUUCUGCACUGCAUCAAGCUAAGCCUUUUGUCAAUUCAUGUCAGGAAUCAGCUGGACUUGGCCCGAUCUCAAAUUCGCGUGCACCUAAAAUCGCUAUAGUGAUUCAGGAAUUUGAGAUGGGGUAGAAUCCAGCGGUUUUUAUGCCCAGUUGUCUCGAUAUGUUGAAAAUCAGCUAAGUGGCAAUGCAAUGUUACUGCAUGAAAUAAAUGUAUAUUAUUCGUGAAAUGGAUGAAAUAUUGAAUAACUUGUUGGGGCGUUGCAUGUUCCUCAUUUUGAGUAUACUUUCCCGGAGUUAUCGUGCUUGAAAAAUCUCAAAACUUACCCACAACACUUUCAGUAAUACAAGGUGUUACCAAAGAAGUACGAAAGGCUUCAGUGGGUCAUACCUUGACGAGAAUUACAGGGGGUCUUUCAUGUAAACUGAGCUUAUGCUUGAAAUCUCCAAACUCAUUUUUGUGUCAAUGAAUUUCACCGAUAUUAUUGCUUCCCUUUCGAUAAUUUUCAAUUAAUUUUUGGAAUUUCCAUCAUGGAUUCUUCGAUUGAUUUAAGCCUAGAAAACUUUAUAACCAUGGAUUUUAUAUUGUUGUUGUUAAAUGUCGAAGUUGGGGGUUUGCAGUUUUGAGAAUUUUCAUGAAUACCUACCUAACCUCGAUUUCAGUGUGCAAAAUGUCUUGGAUGUACGGUAAAAUGGAAAAAAGCAUUUGGAAGCAUUGCAUAAAUUUAUGUAUAUAAAAUCAAAUAAAAGUAUAACGUCUCGAAUAAUAUCUACACUUCAUAUUCUUUGUCUGUUACUGUUUCGUGAAAUGAUUUUGAUGUAACAGUACAAAUUAUAUACUAAUCUACCUCAGAAGUUGGUGUAGCUCACUGCCCUUCUCUAUGAAGUACAAAUAAUGUAUUCUGGAAAGGAUUCUAUUGUUUAUGCUUACCUAGGUGUAUUAACUCAGGAUGAACAAGUACAAAACGAACUUCAUAAUUAUAUAUACACAAAUGUAAUUCAGGGAAAUUUGGAAUCUCGUUAAUUCUUAUAAUAAUUUAAAUAAGUUGUUGCUAAUACAUACUUACAUAAUAAUUAGACCUUCUAGGUAAGAAACCAGAUGUGUCAUAGGUUAAAGGAAUAAUGCCAGCAAUGCCUUAUAUUUUUUAAAGGACAAACUCUACAAUUUUCAUUCGAGAAAUUCAGUAGAGACUCUAAAUUACUAUUUUCGAUCAGAAUAUAUAUAUUGUGAAUAUGGAACCUGAGAUAUUGAUCAACGAAUAGAAAAAUAUUCGUUUCAUUUUUGGUUUAUUGAACUUCAUCUAUUUCUUCUCGAUUUUCGAUAUAAUUUCUCGAUGUGGCUGAUGGUGCCAAAAUCCCAGAUUCCCCAUAUUGAUUCUUGUAUUUCUGUUUCUUUUCGUUGAUCAAAACUCAGUUUCAAAUUCGGAUCAGAUGAAAAUCGUCAUUGUCAAACGAUUCCUUUAAAAAAUGGCAUAGUACUCAAGUAUUGACGUUGAAGAUUCACAUAAUUCGUAUCGGUUGAUACUUGAUUACCACCUGAAUUCAGUAAUAAUUAAAUUUUAAAAUCAAGCUGUGACAUUCACAUUGUAAUUAUUAUAGCAUUCAUCCCUUCGUUAUGUAGCAGAUAACGUUACAUUGUCACACUGUUCAACCAAUUCACCAAAUCAUCGGUGAAUUAAAGAGUAUCAACCUGUUGAUAUUCUUUGAUCAUCCAUGCAGAAUUCUCACUAUAUUAUGUAUAUGAUACCAUCACAAAAUUCCACUCCGAGAGUUUUUGGAGUAUAAAUAUUGAAAACCUACAUAUUGUAUAUAAGUGAACGCAAAUAAAUGAUUAUGUAUUCAUGUUCUGUUUUACCUUAUUAAUUUUAAUAAACAAUUUGUCGUU